AUGAAGUGGCCACUGGUGCUCGCGUUUGCUUGGACGACGGCCUGGGGGGGGACAACGGGGUACGACUUUUCGAGUCAAAUGAGUCCGUCGGCGCUCCCGCCGGACACGGCCGACAACCCCUCGACGAACGAGGAGAACCACAUCUACGGCGGCUCGGACGCGAAGAUCCAGGACUACCCGUUCAUUGCGAGCAUCCGGUUCAAAGAGAAAGACAGGACUCACUGCGGCGGGUCGCUGAUCGCCCCGCAGUACGUUUUGACGGCCGGUCACUGCGUGAAGAAGAAGGGGGGCACGGUCGUUGUCCACCUCGGGACAGCACGUGGCACGGGGUCGACCGACGGUCAAGAAACGAUUGAAGUCGACCAAGAGUUCCAGCACCCGUUGUACGUGGAAAAGGCCCAUUUGUACGAUGUCGGGCUGCUGAAGCUCAAGAAGCCGUCAAAGCAGCCGACGGUGAAAAUGUGUGCGGCCGACGGAGCAGACAAUGAGGUUGGCACAGAGGCGACGGCUUUUGGAUGGGGCAAGGUCGAGAACGGGUCGCUGGCCGCGACGCUCCAGCAAGUGAACGUCGCCGUCAUUUCCAAUGCCGAGUGCAACAAGAUGUACAACAACCGCAUCGUCGAGGGGAUGAUGUGUGCAGGCAAAGGGGGCGGCAAGGACUCGUGCAAUGGCGACUCGGGAGGGCCGUUGGUCACUAACGACAAGACGUUGAUUGGAUUCGUGAGCUGGGGGGGCAAGUGCGGGGUCAACGCGGGUGUGUACACGCGCUUGACGUCCGUGAUGGGCUUCAUCAACGAUGUUCUCAGUGGCAAACAGACCGACAACUCGAAGGAUAAGAACUCGUCGCCUCGUUCAUUGGAGGAGCCGACAUCGCCCGACUCGAGCACUACUUCAUCAGGCUGCAGGGUCCGCCGCGGUCGUCGACGCCUGACCGAAAGCAAAGAAAAAGUCGAGAAAAAUAUCGAGGCUGCCCGAGUAGCUGAAAAAGCGGCCGAGAAGAGGGAGGCUGCAGCUGAAGCUGCGCUGGAGGAAGGGCUAGAAGAAAGCGAUGAAGAAGAAGUGCAGAAAGCCAGGCAAGCCAAGGCUGUCGCGAAGAGAGACGAAAGAAAGGCGAAAGAAAAGAUUGCGGCAAGCAAGGAGUAUGAAGAAGAGCUGGUAGAAGAGGAGGUGGAAGAAGAACUUGAAAAGCUGGUGGAGGAUGACGAAGACGAAAAGGACGACAAGGCCACGAAGAAGUCCAGUGUGUCGUCCAAGAAGACUGCAUCUGACGAGAGCGAUGAUGACGAAGAGGUCGAUGCGGUCUCGGCAAAGAAGCUGAAGAAGCCAUUGCCAAAGGCCAAGUCUGAAGAGCAAGAAGAAGAGGAGGAAGAAGACGAAGCGGAGGAGGAAGAAGAGGCUGUAGCUCCAAAGACGACAAAGAAGGCAGCAAAGAAGCUCAAGAGUGAAGAGGAAGAGGACGAAGAGGACGAAGAGGAGGAGGAGGAAGAGGCCGAAGCUCUAAAGUCGACAAAGAAGGCAGCAAAGAAGGACAAGUGGGCAGAGAAAGAGGACGAAGAAGGCGAAGAGGGCGAGGACGAAGAGACCGUAGCUCCGAAAAAGAAGGCAGCCAAGUCUGAGACAAAGGAGAAGACCAAGAGCGGCGAAGACAGUGAAGACGAUGACGCCGAUUUUGUCGAAUAA